UGUAAUCCGGGACAACUAAUAGGAGAAAUGCAAGACGCCGACGUGGUAGAUGCGUGCUUUGACAAUAUUUUUCUGUCUGAAGAUAGAGAGAGAGACAGAAGCUAUAGAGAAGGAUUAGCGGAAGGUCAAGCUCUGGGACUCGUUGAAGGACGGAGAUUGGGAUUGGAAAAAGGAAAAGAAAUUGGAGGAGAAUUAGGAUUCUAUGCUGGGUUUGGUGAAGUUUUGGUGAAAGUCAGUAAAAGUGAAAUUCCUACAAGGGGCAGAGCUCAGAAAUGUCUUGAACAGCUGUUGAUCAUGAUUGCUGAGUUUCCUGUAGACAAACCUACUGAUCCAAAUUUGCAAGAGAAGAUAAAGAAAAUUCGAGCAAAAUUCAAACAGGUCACGUCACUGUUUAACAUCAAACUUGAAUAUGAGAAAGAAACAGAACCAAAGCUAUCAUAUUGAAUUACAGUCGACAAGAGAUCUAGUUGUCUCAGUCAGAAGCUUUGGAAGACGAAGGUACAAAGAAGUUUUCAU